AUGACGUUCCGCUGAGAGUGGUUGUCUUCGUCGGGGUCUAUAUUGGCGUAAUAUUAUUGUGAGACAUAAAUUGUUUCCGAUUCUAUCAGCGGCCGUUCGCUAGUUUCUAGCAAUGGCGGACGAAGAUAAUAACUGUGACGAUGGCACUGAAUUGAAGGCGGGGCAGGCUUUCCGCUUACGCGGCCGAAAAGGUGCCCUGAAGAAGAAGAAUGUUUACUUGGUGAAGGAUCACAAGUUUAUGCCAAGGUUCUUCAAGCAGCCGACGUUCUGCUCCCACUGCAAGGAUUUCAUAUGGGGAUUUGGAAAACAAGGCUUUCAGUGUCAAGUAUGCAGUUUCGUGGUCCACAAAAGAUGCCACGAGUAUGUUACGUUUACGUGUCCCGGCGCAGACAAAGGAGCCGAUUCCGACGACACUCGUACCAGACACAACUUCAAGGCUUACACCUACUCUUCGCCAACAUUCUGCGAUCACUGCGGUUCGCUACUGUACGGCCUGCUUCAUCAGGGCCUCAAGUGUCAAGCAUGCGACAUGAACGUACACAAACGAUGCGAGGAGUCGGUGCCCAACUUGUGUGGUUGCGAUCACACCGAGCGACGCGGGCGCAUACAACUCACCGUCUCCUGCGUUGGCAACAAGCUAACCGUCGUUGUGAAGCAAGGCCGGAAUCUGAUACCGAUGGACCCCAACGGUCUAUCAGACCCCUACGUGAAGCUCAAACUGAUUCCUGACUCUGACAAUGUCAAGAAAAAAACCAAGACAAUCCGCAGCUGCUUGAACCCGGAGUGGAAUGAAACACUCACCUUCGAUCUUAAACCUGAAGAUAAGGAUCGAAGACUGCUUCUCGAGAUAUGGGAUUGGGAUCGUACCUCCCGUAACGACUUCAUGGGCUCUCUUUCCUUCGGUAUCUCCGAGUUGAUGAAGGCCCCUGCUGAUGGGUGGUUCAAGCUUCUUACACAAGAAGAAGGAGACUACUACAAUGUUCCCGUACCCGAAGAGGGAGCUGACUUAGCUCAACUCAAGAACCAGAUGAAGGCUACAAAUGUUGGCCAGCGUAGACCUCCGCCCCCGCCUGAUCGUGAGGUUCCUCAUAAUAUGGCGGCCGCUGACGUCAUCAGAGCGACAGAUUUCAACUUUAUCAUGGUUCUUGGAAAAGGUUCUUUCGGAAAGGUUAUGUUAGCAGAGCGGCGAGGGACUGACGAGUUGUACGCCAUUAAGAUUCUGAAGAAAGACAUCAUAAUACAAGAUGAUGAUGUAGAGUGUACAAUGGUGGAGAAGAGAGUACUGGCCCUCAGCAGUAAGCCUCCUUUCCUCGUACAACUUCACUCCUGCUUCCAGACUAUGGAUCGUCUAUAUUUUGUGAUGGAGUAUGUGAACGGUGGGGAUCUCAUGUUCCAGAUACAACAGUGCGGAAAGUUUAAGGAGCCGGUUGCUGUCUUCUACGCUGCCGAAAUCGCAAUUGGUCUCUUCUUCCUUCACUCCCGUGGGAUAAUAUACCGGGAUCUUAAACUUGACAAUGUCCUGCUCGAUCAGGACGGUCAUAUUAAAAUCGCCGAUUUCGGUAUGUGCAAAGAGGGUAUCACUGGUGACAAAACUACCAAGACCUUCUGUGGUACCCCGGAUUAUAUAGCACCAGAGAUCAUUUUAUACCAGCCGUAUGGAAAGUCGGUGGAUUGGUGGGCGUAUGGUGUCCUUUUGUACGAAAUGCUGGUGGGACAACCUCCAUUCGAUGGAGAGGAUGAAGAGGAACUGUUUGCGGCUAUCACUGAUAAUAGUGUAUCCUAUCCGAAGACUUUAAGUAAGGAGGCAAAAGAUGCAUGCAAAUCUUUCCUUACCAAGAUCCCUCAGAAGCGUUUGGGUUGCGGAAUGCGGGGCGAAGAAGAUGUGCGCACUCACCCCUUCUUCAGGCGAAUCGACUGGGCCAGGAUUGAGGCCAGGGAUGUGCAGCCACCUUUCAAGCCUAAGAUCAAACAUCGUAAGGACGUGUCUAACUUCGACAAGCAAUUCACGGCUGAAAAGACGGAGCUGACGCCAACAGAUAAGCUGUUUAUGAUGAACCUCGAUCAGACUGAGUUCAUGGGUUUCUCCUUCCUCAACCCAGAGUACGUGCAGCACGUCUGAACUGGUGGACGCCGCGCUUUGAAAUUCUUUACGUGACUGACGUAUUGGCCUUGAAAUCACCAACUAUCGUUCUCUGUCACUCAUGCGAUCCAUCGUAUAUCUGUCUCGCUCAUUUAAAUUGGACGUCGCUCUUCAAUUUUCGAGUACUUCGAUUGCUCAUAUAUUUAUUUUUAAACGAGUGGUAUUAGUCAAGUAUUACAUACAUGACUUUGGUUUCACCGGCAUCAGUCGUCUGAAGCCCCCGAAGACUUAGCCGGUGAAUAUAUAAUUAUGGCAAUAAUUUUGUUAAUUAAAGCAAUAUAGCUCUCUAAUUACAUUAUUUGUUUUUCCAUGUGCCAUUAAAAUGUAUUUCAUUAUCCAAUAGGAUUUAUAUAGGGUGUUUUAUCUUUAACAUCUCGGGGCCACUUGUCUUACGGUUUCAGAUAAUUUCAUGUCAUAUCCAUAUUUUUAAAUCUCACAUAUCAGUGUGUUGGAUAGUUUGUUUUUUGUUUUACUAACGGACUAGCGAUAUUGUUCUAAUAGGUUUACUGAAACGAAUAAUGUUGAUUGUGGUCACAAAAUAAAUUAUAUUCUGAACAUAAAAAAACAAUUAAAAAAAAAUUGAAGUGAAUAGUGUAGAAACUCUCUUUAAAAAGGUUUUAUAAUAUUUAGGUCUUCUACAGACUAUAGAAACCUUUUUCUUAACAAAUGUCACAUUUUAAGUAAUGUUACAGUACAUAUAAUGAAUUAAAACGUACUCUCACUUAACUAAACUUUACAACGUCAUUUUACAACCUGUGACCGGCGGUUACUAAAAAAGGUAUCGAAAACUAUUUAAAUUCAACAUACAUAAUUAUAAAAUCUUACUGAAUGCAGGCGUUUUAAUUAACAAGAUAUUUAUUUAUUAAAUAUAGUACAGACUAUUUUUCGAUAUAACAAAAAAAAAUAUUAAACGAACAAAGAAAUAUUCCGAUAUAUAUUACCACCGGUCUAACUCAAAAUAUUCUGAACUUUAUGAACAAAAUAUAAUAGAAUUUGUAUUUUAUGGAAAUAGACGGUUUUGUUUUUUCUGCAAAAAAAAUAAGAAAAAAAAAUUCAUGUGUUUAAAAUAUCGCUAGAUCCCAUAUAUAUCUCUUAGGAGAAUCUCGAGUUUAUUUUUGUAUUUUGGAGAUUUAUCGUAGCGCGACUGUGUUUAGAUUUAAGUUCAAAGUUUACGUUUGUUAUUUAAUUGUAUGUGUGUCCAUUGCGCGAUUAUAUUCUAUUGACUAAUUUGUUAUAAGAUUUUAUUUGUAAAUAAUAUAAUCGCGUAGUGUUAAAUAAAUAGCCUUACUAACUUAAAAUAAUAAUAAAUAAAUAAAAAUAAAAUAAAACUCUCGCUAGAAUAAAUGUGAAUUUAAAAUUGUGAAGCAUUCGAUUCUAAAUUGAAUUAAUAAAUGACAUUUAGAUGUUCAAAUACACAAAAGUUGAUCAAUUUUCUUGAACAACUAUUGAGUAUUCGGACAUAUGCGAUAAUACUUUUAAAUCUUCUGAAAGGAUAUGCGGUUUCUAUAUUUUACUAACAGAUGAUAACUUUUAUUGCGAUAUUUGAUCUUUAUUAGUAUUUUUAAUUGCAUAAUUAGUCAAUCUUCAUUGAUCGUUGAUUUUUUAAACUAAAGAUAUCUGUUAGUUAAAUAGUAACGAUUUGGCCUUCUAGAAGAUUUAGUAUGUAGUUUUAAGGAACAUAGAAAUUAUUAUUUAAAAUGGCUUCGUGAUUUGUAUUAAGUUUCUCGUCUUAGAUCUAAGCUAUGCGAUUCAUUUUCUUACUAAAUAUAUAUCUAUUUAUCGACUUUAUAUUAUACAAUUUUUAAUUUAUCGAUUUUAUAUUAUAAAAGAGUAUCUAGAUAACAGUAUAUUAUACUGAAACUCUAAUUUUAUCUAUAUUUAGCAGCGAUAAAAAAAAUAAAACAGCCAAAUCAUCCAGAAUAGUCCUGAAAAUAAAUUACUAUUUUAUAUACACGAUACAUAUGGUGGUGUAGUUGUAACAUGAUUUGCUUUAUUUGUGUUACAGUCGUAUAAGAAAAUGAGUCUCUUAUGUAUAUUUGUCACAAGUAGACGCAAAGCGUUUCCCCUAACCCCACUAAUAAAGAUCAUGAAAAACGCACUCUAAAUAUCACAAAGACAACACAAAAUACUUUAGAGAAAUUAAAAAGUUACACCUUGAGUUGCUUCGAUAUUUUGAGUCUUCUUCAUUCAUUUCAGCUAAAUACAAUGCCAAUGGUAGAAAAAACCUUAUCAAUCGCUCUGUGUUCCACCCGGGUAGUGUUUUUAAACCCACAAAACUACGGCUACUGGAUCCGAUCAAAGAUUAUUAAGAGAUGAGUUUAUACGAUUACACCUGAAUCGAUCAGGUAAAAUAAGAUAAAUAUUUGAAGCAAUACAAGCUUGAACUCUUCUAGGAAUCUUGACUACUUUCCAAAUAAUAACUUAGCGUAGAGUUUAAUUAAUAUAAAUCAUACGUAUUGCAAUAUUAGUUCCUAUCAAAUACUCAGAUACAAAACUUUAGAUCGUCUUCGCUUGAAAAUAUAGAUAUUGAAUAUGUACUAAAUAUCCACGUUUUCCAAAUAGUGAACAGCUUUCUUAGUAUUGAGGCCUUCGCACGAACUUAACAAUUGUUUUGUAUUCGUCAGUAAAUAGUGUCAGACUUCUACGAUUUGAUCGCGCCGAUUUUUCAAAUAUAGUUUUGUAGACAUAUAAUCAAACAAUACUCCUGAUUCCGUUUAGUUUAAAUGUCUUCAUUCUUCUAGUUUUUUGUGCUAUUACGAAUUGUUCGUGCUACGGUUCGCAUAUAAAUGGAAAGUCUAGACAAAUCAUGAUAUAAAAAUAUAUUUACAGUAGAUAUUUUUGAAACAAUCAAAGCCAUUAAAAACUAGUAUUGUUCUGGUGAAUAUUUAUACUUUCCACGGAGCAUUGUAUUUUGAGAUUAUUCUUCUCUUAAGAAGUUAAACAUUAUAUAUAAGAUCUCACUUGUAUAUAAGCACAAGGAUUUAUAAUCUUGCAUUUUACCUAAAAAAUCUAACAAACAUUAUACCAAGAGUAUGUGUUAUUUUCUUCAGAUUCUACUAUAUUAUUUUUCGACGUGAACUUGGGUAAUGUGUUCAAUAAGAAUAUUAGUUAAAUAUUUUAAUUAUGUAUUAUAAUAUUUAAAGAUAAGUUACCAUUCGAUGCUUGUCAAAUUUUCCAGUAUUUAUUAUAACCUUCAUAGGGAAAUAGGCCUAAAUAUCACCUUAUAAUUAAGCCCGUAGAUGAUACAGGAUUUUAGGUAUACAUUUUAUCUCGAUUUAAAUAUACAUUUUAAAUUUUAAGGCGUCGUAUUUAAUGUAUCACGUCGCCUGUGCCAAAAGUGUAACGUUUUCCCCAAAAUUAGUAUUAUCGUAUCGCUAAUGUUGCAUUUUGAAACGUUAAAUGUUGCCAGUGUACAAUAGAAAGAAUCGAAAAACGUAAAAAAAUUCAAAAAGUGCUUUUGAUUUUGUCAUCCGCAUUGAUUCAAAAAGUUGCAGUAAAAUCGAAUAUUCACAAUUUUUUAAACACUGGUAGCAUUUAACAAAUUAUUGUCACCUUUUUGAUAAUUAUUACCAUUGUUGCACCUUGGGUUAGAUUUUUAAAAUAAGUAGGUAAUUUCAAAUUUUGUGGACUGUUACAUAUUUUAAAUUACAUCCAAAUGAACUAUUACCACAGCAAUAAAUUAAAUAUUCAAUAUCUAAAAUUUCCUUAUUGAAGAUAGAUAACAGUUCAGUAAAUUUCGAAGGCUCCUGGCACUAGAUUAUUAGUGUUCCUAUUUAGGACUCUUAUGACCAUGUUUUCGACAAUAUAUAUUUUUAUGAAACUCUUGUGUCUGCCCACAUCUUUCCAUUUGUUACGCUUUGUUACUCUGUGAUAUCGUUUGUGAACAAGGAAACGUUCUGCAAGUUAAUGUAAUAUUUUUAUUAUUAUAUUUUUAUAUUAUUAUGAUUCAAGUUUAAUCUUCAUGAAUUUACUGUGUGGUCCUUAUUUAAGAUAAAUAUUAUUUUACUUUAAAGUAACGUAUAAAAAUUAAAUUCUGAAAAGUGGAAAUGUUUUAAACUACUAUUUACAUUGUCUUGCAAAACUUUUUCUUGGUUACAUAUAGUUCACAUUGAUUACCUUCGUACCGCUUGUAACAUUUGUACACUUGGAUUUGUGAAUGCGCAGGAUUUUCUAUUUUCGACCAAUGGCGUCGUCUCGAGCUUACUAUUGGUUACAUUUCAAAUGAGAAUUCUGCGUAUAAAUAUUUUAUUGCUAUAUUCUAAUAAUUGAUAUUAUUAGUGUAGUAUUGGAUUUGUAGUAUUAAAUUCGUCAUUUUCAUGAAAUUGUCAUUUUAAUAACGAAUGGUUCGUCCUAACGUAUACAAAAGUGAAUUCAUUCGCUUGAUGUAUCAGGAUCGAUCAUUGCAUAUGUCUUCAGAAUUUUUUGUGGAAUCUUCUCAACUGUGACUGUGAAUUGUACUCAAUAAUUUAAAUUAAAUUUCUAAUCCAUUAGA